AUGCGGUGGCGCUCGUGUUGGACGCUGAUUUUGAUAUCGAUAUUUUUGUGCGUGGAGGGUGAAGAGGCGGAAAAGAGUCUAACCCUGACCGAACUGCUCCGUCUCGAGCCCGGCGCCCGACUCCUCGCCGAAAACCUCACCAUCAUCCUCCCGCAGAAGAAAUUCGCAAAUGGCACCGCCAGGACAAAGUCGCGGGUCUUUUCCGUCCAGAAUCUCAACGUCACCAGCGACGUCAGGGGCCAGAUCUUCGAGCUCUUCGACGAGCCCCGCUUCUUCAAGCAGUCCAGGGAACGCUGGUUGAUGUACAACUUCUACGAGAAGUGCAUCGACCGCGAGGCCCAAGAGCGCCUCAAAUCCAAGCCGCUAUUUGAUAUGCUCAGGCUAAAAAAUCCGCGCAGCCCGGUUACCGUAUUUAACCGACUACCUGAUCUUCAGCUACCCAGCCACGCUAUUUUUCGAUGCGGCCGUGGUGCCGGACUUGUACAACUCGACGCGAAACGUGUUGAACAUCGCCCCCAACCACCCCUCCUCAACUAUCAAUACUACACGGCACCAAUAUUCGAGAGUCAACUCGGCGAGGCGCGCACAUUUUUUAAGAAGAUCUUCCAAUUGUUGGCCGACGACGACGAGCAGGGCGAAUUUAUUCACGCCGACGGCAUCAACCGGAGUGUGGCUAACUUUUUCUACGUCGACAAGAAGUUGGCCGAGAUUUCCUCCCGUUUCAACGCCGACAACAAGACCGACUUGACAGUACGCCUCGACGAGCUGUCCGAUUCGAUCAAUACGAUCAAUUUCACGCGCUACUUCCGUGCCAUCGUCCCGAAAGAUAUGGCAGAGGUGGUUGACAUUGAUGCAUACCCCGUCCGGAUCGAGAAUUAUGGGGCUGUGAAGCUGGUCGACGAAUUUCUGGCUGGGAUCCCCAAUCAAACACUACUCGAUUAUCAGGAGGGAAAGCUGAUCCUCGGCAUGCUUCCCUUCCUGGACCAACGAUUCCGGGAUGCGUACAAUGAAUUCAACCUACGCAUCUACGGCGUAGUCACCGAAGAAAAUGUCGAGGCCGACUGCCUCAGCGAGGCCACCCAAAUCUUCCAGGACCUCGCCAGUGUGAUUUACAUUGAACACAAAUUUUCGCAAAAAAUCGUGGAUGAGGCCAAUGCCAUCACCAACUUCAUCGGCUUCAACCCGAUCAUCUUCAACCAGACGGCCACCGCCGAGAAGUACGAGACUCUGGACUACUCGAGCUCACAGACGCUGCUCCAGAUCACCCAGGCGAUAGCGCGGUGGAACGCCGACCGGAAUUUCCGGCAGCUGCUCCGGACGAAUGCGAACGAUUCGUUUGACUUCUUGGCGAGCGAGACGAACGCGUACUAUGACCCGAAUUUAAAUAUGAUGGCUCUCCUUGCCGGUAUCCUCCAAUCCCCAUUCUACGACAUCACAUUCCCGAGAAUACAAAAUUACGGCUCCAUUGGCCUUGUGAUCGGCCAUGAGUUAACGCACGGCUUUGAUAACUACGGCUCUCAAUUCGACGAAAAGGGGAACAAGAAAAACUGGUGGGACGCGACUACGCUGAAAAACUAUGAACAGACAAAAAAGUGCUUCAUAGAGCAGUAUGGGAAUGUGACGGUCGAACCGCUGGAGAUGAAGAUCGACGGCUACAAAACCCUCGGAGAAAACAUCGCAGACAACGGCGGCUUGCGCGCCGCGCUAAGAGCGGCUGAAAAACUCGUCCGCGCUGGCCAAGUUGAACCCCAGAAGAUCCCGCCCGAGCUGAAGAAGUACAGCCCAAUCCAGAUCUUCUUCAUGAGCUCGGCUUAUGCAUGGUGCGGAAAUUGGCGGAACGAGACACUUUUGACGGACCUCGUCGAAGAUGUGCACAGUCCAGCGGCCGCACGCGUAAAUAUCGUCCUCGGGAAUGCCCCGGAAUUUGCCGUCGCCUUCGGCUGCCCAAAUAACUCACCAAUGGUCAACAAGAAGCAGUGCCGGUUGUGG